AUGGCGGUUGGAAUGCAUGAGACAGAUCAGAUCUCCAGCAGCCAAAAGGCACGUGACGGCUUCAACGUCAAGGCCAAUGAGCAUGCCUGUCCCAACAAUGCGCGCCAGUCUGAGGAGGAGAGUCCGAAAGUUGAGUGGGGGAAGGAGGAAAGUGUGGAGGACGAGAAGUUCUGGGUGAACAACUCCUUGACCUACCUACAAGAUGAGACAGACUCAGACAGCAAGAAGAUCGAGGUCGAAGAGACCAACUACGACAACUUUCAGAUCCCUUGGUUCAAGGUGUCCUGUAUCUUCCUCGCCGUUGCCAGCGAUGCCGUGGCUCUCAUUGGUCCUGUUCCCUUCCUGCCUGCUCUCUGCCAGGAUCGAUUUCAGCUCUCUGAAGCAGAGGUGGGAGUUGUCGUCGGCGUCUUGACAGGAGCGUACAGUCUAGCGAACUUCGCGACUAGCAUGGUUCUAGGCCAUUGGAGUGAUCUUUGUGGAAGACGCUUCUUCAUCCUUUUGGGUCUCUUCACCUCAACGGUUUUGACUUUUGCGCUUGGCUUCAUUCAUGACCCCUGGACUGCAAUCUUGAGCCGCAUGAUGAUCGGAGCUCUCAACACAAACUUUGCACUUUCAAGGGCUGCAAUCUCCGACUUGAUCCCCCCAGGGAAACGGGCGAUUCCCUUCGCAUACCUCGGAGCGACUUUUGCUCUUGCUCGAACUUUCUCGUCAGCAGUCGGGGGAUUCAUGGUUGGUCUCUUCUUUCAAGAUCCAUUCAUCGCCCCCUGCAUCGCUUUGUCUCUUCCGCCUGGAAUCACUUUCGUUAUGGUUCUAUUCGGUCUGCCGGAGAUGCACGGCAAGCGCACUUACGAUGGUGUGGGGGAUGCGCUCCAAGUCUGGUGGAGAAACCGGAGGAGCAAGGCAAGGGCGGAGGCAACCGUUCCGUACGAGGAGCACAAGGAUGAGCACGCAAACGGGACGAGCACCGUCAAGGACGAGGAGGGAGGAGGAGAGAAGAAGGCCGAGGAGCAAAAGAUCAAUCAUGCUCACUUGACCCUCAUGCAGAAAUGGAAAAUUCUGACGGAGGACAAGCUGAUCAUGCGGCUAACCAUAGCGUUUGGGGUCGUCAGCUUCGCCAACGGCUUUUCUUUUCCUGAGUCGCAUGGGAUGGGAAUGAACGCGUUACAGACGGGGUUUGCGUUCACGUCCAUGGGCCUCGUGGGGUUUUUCUUUCAGAUCAUCUUUUACAAGGUUCUUCUAAAGACCAUCGGGCUAAGACAAAUCUUCAAGGUCUGUCAAGAGAAGAAGUAA